GCCUGCUGCUGUCCAUGGGGUCUCAAAGAGUUGGACACGACUGAGCCACUGAACUGAACUGAGGUCAGAUAUGACUGUGGUGUAAUCUUUAAGAUCACCACCAGAGGGCGGGGCUUCCUUCAGAUGCGGUUCCUCAUUGUAUUCAGGAGCUGGUUUGACUUGCCUACUCUGUAGCCACAAGACAGAAUAUUGCUGCAGUACAGAAAGGGGCUCUCAGUUUCUGAGCGAGGAGCUUCUGUAGCAUCCAGCCAGAGACUAACUUUGUUAGAUUUGAUGUUUCUAGGGAACAAGGACUGUUGCCAGAAUGUUUUCUGCCACUCACUCAGUUCUUGUCAUCUGCUUAAUACUUGGAGGGACCAAUGGUGACUCAGUGAGCCAGACAGAAGGCCCAGUGAUUGUCUCAGAGGGGGCUCUCGUGACCCUGAAUUGCACUUACCAGACUGCUAGUUUGGCUCCCUCUCUUUUCUGGUACAUCCAGCAUCUCAACAAAAUUCCUCAAUUCCUUCUGAAGGGCUUAACAGCAGACAAGAAGGUAGAGCAUGAAGGUUUUCAGGCCACUCUUGUUAGGAGUGACAGCUCCUUCCACCUGCAGAAAAGGGCAGUGCAAGCAUCAGACUCGGCUGUGUACUACUGUGCUCUGAGUGACACAGUGAGAGAGGGCUGCGGGGGAGCUGAGCACAAACCCAAGGAGAGCAGGAGGCUGAAGUCAGAAAGAGGAUCCAUCAUGGCUCAGAAAGUAACUCAAAAUCAGUCAGAAAUUUCUGUGCUGGAGAAGGAGGAUGUAACCUUGAAUUGUGCAUAUGAAGCUAAUAGUUAUACUUAUUAUUUAUUCUGGUACAAGCAACCGCCAAGCAGGGAAAUGAUUUUCCUUAUUCAUCAGGAGUCUUACAAUGAGCUGAAUAAAACAAAAGAUCAGUAUUUUUUGAACUUCCAGAAAGCAACGAGUUCCAUCAGCCUCACCAUCUCAGACGCACAGCUCGAGGACUCAGCCGUGUAUUUCUGUGCUCUGAGAGACCACAGUGAUGCCGCUGCCUGAGGGAGCCCCACAGAAACCUCAGAUGUCAACAUAUGGAGUCCCCCAGCUAUGAACACCUUAGUGAGAUUCUCGGUAAGGUCAGGAAAAGGUAGGGGGGUUAGAAGUGAAAACCUCACUGUAAGGAAAAUGCUAUCUUUAGCUCAGAGCGCCUAUCUUAAAGUGUCAUUCAUCAAAAAUACCUUUAUCUUCAAUUUUCUAUCUUGCGGAAGAUCGUUUGCCAAAAUUUUUUUAAAAAACUUUAAAAUAGUGAUUUUAUUAAAGUAUGAAAUUUGGCUUUAAAAAAUUCAAUAGUAUUUGACUAACUCUGCACCUGAGUUGUCAGAGUUCUAGGUUCACUGCACAAAUAUUUAUGCAUUGCUAAGUCUGGCCAUCAUUGUGGAUCUGAAAAAUCUCUAAAAGGACACUUCUUGGACCCUUCCUGUGCCGUGAAUGACUUGGAAUGAUGUGCAUAGAGUAACUGUUACCACAGAUCUUCACCCCAAGGAGAAAUGAAACCCUACAGUUUGCUCAGAUCUA